UCAAUUUAUAAUGUUCAAUUUAUGUUGGCGUACUAUCUAGAAUAUCUAGAUCUAUCUAUUCUAUGGCAGUAUGUGUGUUAGUGUUAUGAUUUUAAUUUUAUUUAUUUUCGUCUCACUCACCACUGCAGUCUCAGUCUCAUAACACUCAAUCAUGGAUCUAAGACAAUCUAAAGUUUAGUCUUUAGACUAAAUCUAGAUCUAGAUCUAUCUUUUCAACUAUUUUGGUUAAGACAUCUAUUGACUCUACUUGGCUGCCUGGUCGUGCGGUUUGCAUGCUGGACUGUCGUUCAGAUUUAUCGAUGGUCCCGGGUUCAAACCCUGCCCGCUCCCAUCCCCGUCGUCCUGCGGGAGGUUUGGACUAGGAAGUAAUUAUCUUCAACUCUGAAGGAACAUCCGAAACAUGUGAAACAAACAACAAACAUUUUACUUAAAAGAUCUCGCUAGAGAUAAGUAACACUACUGAUGCAACAAUUAUUUCAAGAAUGCUUAUCCUGAAAACCUUCAUACUUUUGGUAUUCAUAUAUAUACUUUCCUUGAGUGGUAUUCUAAUUUUUCUGAAAGGAUUUUUAUUGUCAAGAUCUGUUGUUGAAAGGAAAAGUGAAUGUUUGGUUGAAUUUGCUCUUCGAGCAGAAGAUAACCACACACACCAUGCCAAAGGCUGCUGGAUGCACAGUCGGUUCAAGCGAGCAAUCAUAGUACUAAUAGAUGCAUUAAAAUAUGAUUUUAUGGAAUACAAUGAAACACUGGGCAUUGAUGAAAUCCAAAACAUACAUUUCAAGAAUAAAUUGACCAUAUUACAUCAACUAAAAACAAAGAAACCACUUAAUUCCAGGCUGUAUAAAUUUAUAGCUGAUCCUCCAACCACCACAAUGCAACGGCUGAAGGGGCUAACUACUGGCAGUUUACCCACUUUUGUUGAUGCUGGCGCAAACUUUAAAAGUUAUCAUAUCACAGAGGACAAUAUCUUAGAACAGCUGGUUCAACAAAACAAAAAAAUAAAAUUUUUUGGUGAUGACACAUGGCUGGGUUUAUUUCCUGAUCAAUUUCACCAAUCCUUUGGAUUCCCUUCCUUUAAUAUUCAAGAUCUUCAUUCAGUGGAUGAUGGCAUACUUGCAAAUAUUUAUUCAGAGAUGAAGAAAUCAGAUUGGGAUGUCAUCAUAGCUCAUUUUCUUGGUGUUGAUCAUUGUGGUCAUCGGUUUGGUCCUAAUUUUCCAGCUAUGCGAGACAAGCUGUUACAGAUGAAUGCUAUGCUGAGCAAUAUUACGCAGUUAAUGCAAGAUGACACAAUACUUUUUGUGAUGGGAGAUCACGGAAUGACAAACACAGGAGAUCAUGGUGGUGAUAGUGUUGCUGAACUUGAGGCUGGACUCUUUAUCUAUAGUCCUACACAGAUUGCAUCAAGUCAACAAAAAGAUGAUAACACAGUCAAGCAAGUGGACUUUGUACCAACUAUAUCUCUGCUUCUUGGACUUCCUAUACCAUUUUCUAAUCUGGGAAUGGUUAUUACAGAUUUAUUUACUCACUGCCCCUGGUGGAGCACUGCGACCAAUGACAUUCGACAAGCUUAUCAUAAAAUUAAGGCUUUAAGAAUGAAUGCUUAUCAGAUCAGCAGUUAUCUUUCAGCUUAUCAGUCACAGGCUUCAGACUUGCCAGAGAAUGAGCUGAGAACAUUGCAACAGUUAUUUACUAAUACUGAGCAAGAGAUUCAAAAAUACAUCACCAUGAUGGCUAAGGAUGGUGUGAAAUCCGACACCUUGUCUAAGUUUCAGUCUUUGGAAAAUUCAUACAGGACUUUUAUCAGAGAUACAAGGCAGAUCUGUGAAAAUGUUUGGGCUAAAUUUGACCUUAAGUGGAUGCUGAUAGGCAUUCUCACAUUAGCACUGGGUGUUGCUCAGAGUUUGUACUUAUGGGCAUCUUGGAGCAAUGAUGAAACAUCUCUUCCUACAUCCGCUAAAUUUCUUUUAGGAGGAUCAUUGGCUUAUCUCAUUUGUAUUGCAGUACAUCUCUUCAUUUUUCCCACAUCUGUUCCCCUGAUGCCUGUCACUUUAGCUGCUCUACUUAUAGUUGCAAAUUUUGUCUGUGUUAAAAGUUUUAUGCCAGAGAUGUUUGUUGUGAAAAGGUAUUUCACACUAGUCAAUGUAGUCUCAAGCGUAUUGUUCAUUAUGAACUGUUGUAUCUACUUCUCAAAUAGUUUUGUGGUUAACGAGGAUGAAAUCUCCAUGUUUUUAUUACAAACUUUAGUUUGUAUCUUCAGUGCCAGUAUUAUUUUGUCCAAGAAGUCACUUCGGGGGAAAACUGAGCACACCAAAUAUUCCAAGAAAUCAAAAUCCAGUUUUGAUAUUAUGCAAGUGGUAUUGCAUCCUAAAACUGUAUGCUUCUUUGUGUGUCUGAGUCUUUGUGCUCUACUGAGGCUCUCCUCUUCUUUUAUUCCUUGUAGAGAAGAACAGGUCUCAUGUAGAAACUCUGUAUUUCCUCAGCCUUUGGCUUCCUUAGAAGGUGCCACAAAAAACAAAAGGUAUAUUUUUAGCAUUGUUAGCUUGGCAGUAAUGGUGUAUGCAUCCAGGCGAUGGCUGAAACAUUUUGGUAACUUGAAUGGCACUAGUCCUGGGGUGGUUGCCAUGUUGUAUGGUCCUCCUCUGGCAGCUUUAUUUACAUGCCUGCAUUGGGCCCUCCAGGGUCUCUCGGAUCUGGUCAGUGACUCAUUCACACCCUGGCAGCUGGCACUGAUGGCUCAGGCUGUUUAUGUUGUUCUGUUGGUUUCCAUAGUAACUCUUACAGUGUGGCCACUACUUAUAUUUAUGAUUCCGUCCAAAGCAAACUCAGCACUUUAUCUUUCACAUAAAGGUGACUUGCAACAUAUUAUUCCAACAAUCUACAACCAGUUAAAAGUAAACUUCCAGCAAAGUCAUAAUGAAAAGGAUAGUGAGAGAUCACCCAUUAUUUAUGGACUUGGAUCUGCAUAUAGUGCAUCUAUUUGCGCUUACCUUGUGCUGUUUGGACUGUUACUGACUUUGUUACUGAGUGAUGGAACAGCGCCUAGCAUCACCCUUGGAAUAUUAGUUCUGUAUUUAUGUUUAGAGUUGUAUUCUGCAGCCAUCGUCUCAAAUUCAAAACAUGAGGAGGACAUGUCAUCUCCCAGGUGGGCAGGAUUAGUUUUAUUCAAUCUUCUGUCGACUGUAUUCUUUUAUACCACUGGUCAUCAAGCCACUGUCCCAAGCAUCAGAUUUGAAGCUGGUUAUGUAGGCUUUUAUGGUGACCUCAAAUCAUUUAUUUUACCAGGUUUUCUGGUGUGGCUCAAUACAUUUGCUGGACCAGUAUUCUUUAGUUUGGCUGGACCAUUGGUCAUCUUUUGGCCAUUACUAUUCAGUGGGUUGGCCAGUUGGAUGAUAAAUAAGAAAUCAGAACAGGUCAAAGAGAAAACAAGUUGGCAAGGAGACUUCAGUAUUUUCAACAAUGGAAUCAAACUCAACAAACAUUUAUUUAGUCUUGUCUGUGGAACUAUCUUCAUUACUUCUUUGAAGCUCUUGUUUGCCACAUGUGCUGCUGCACUUCAUCGAAGACAUCUCAUGGUCUGGAAAAUAUUUGCUCCCCGCCUAGUAUAUGAGAGUGCCCUGUUUGUGACAGUGACAGCUUGUAUGUUUGUUGUAUGUCUUUUUGUACAUAGAGUUGACAGAGCCUUGAUACAAUUUGUGAAACACAUUCAUCCAGAUAAAGAUAGCUGAGUUUAUUUUUUGUUAAAAUAUUAUAAUCAGGUUGAUAGGUUAAGUUUUUGCAGUAAUUUAUUUUUCAAUUUUAACAUCUUCCCAUGAUGCAAUAUGCCAUAACAUAGUUGCUGGCCCUUCAGUCUUUUACUUGAAGUCUUCCUGCAAGAGAGAUUAGUUUGAUUGAAAUGAAGAGUUUUCCUGUUGAAAAUUUUCACAAUAAUAAACCAUAAUUGCAUUAAAAAAAAUCCUUUCAUGUACUUUUACUGGUAUACGAGUUGAAGCAUUUAUUUGAUUUCAAAAUGAACUGAGCUAGUAUUAACUACUGUAGUGGUAUUCUUUUGAAUACAGAGUAUCUGAAUAUUUGUGUAUGUCUGGCUGCAUGUACUUCAAUCAGAUCAAUCUUAUCUUAUGUAAUAAUCCAGAAAUUGAUAUUGUGUAUGAAAAUGUGUCUGUGAAAUAAUUUUAGGAGAACAAGUUGAACAUUGAAUCUAUUAAAUGCUAUGUCACUUUAUCUUUUAUGUACUACUUUCAGAUCUGAGGUUGUUCAUAUCUGUUUCAAAGAUUUCAACCAUACUUCCAUUACUGAAGUAGAUUAAUACUGUUGUUGAGUUUCUCUGAAUGUUUAGUAUGUUUUUAUAAUUAAGUACAUUUAUGCUGGGGUCCAAUAGAAUAGUUUGUAUAUAAAACUAUUUUUAGAAAUGAUCAUCCUAGUUUUUAUUUGACAUCAGAUGUGCGUGUGUCUCCAAGAAAUAAAAUUUUAUGUAUA